UUCAUCAAAUUCAACUUUUCGACUGGGUUAGCUAGCUAAAUUCCUCCUCAAAAGAGAACAAAGAAGCAAGAUGAUGGCGUUAGCAAAAUCUCAAUCAUUCUCUUCUCCAAGAGAUUUCUUUGUCCUUUGCUUGAUCCUCUGCGUCUUGUUGCUUUCAACUGAGAGAUCCUCUGCUCAAAACAAAACUGACCCUGCUGAAGUGAAAGCACUGAACACAAUACUCGGGAGAUGGGGAAAGCAGGCGUCAUCGGCCUGGAACAUCAGUGGUGAACCAUGCAGCGGAGCUGCCAACGACUCUACCAGCUUUGAAAACACUGACAUAAACCCAUUCAUCAAAUGCGACUGCACUUCCAACACUACAUUUUGCCAUAUCACCCACCUAAAAGUAUAUGCAAUAGAUGUGGUUGGCACUAUACCUGAAGAGCUCCAGGAGCUACCUCAUCUCACUAAUUUGAAGUUAGGUCAGAACUACUUGACUGGAAAUUUACCUGCAUUUAUCGGAAAUCUAACUUCCUUGCAGUACCUGAGUUUGGGCAUUAAUGCAUUGUCUGGGCCCAUUCCCCCUGAGCUGGGCAAACUACAAAACCUUAUUUUGCUAUACAUGGAUAGUAGUGGAGUUAGUGGUGAACUACCUUCAACUCUUUCCAAACUUGCAAACAUGCAGAUCAUGUGGGCAUCUGACAAUAACUUUUCUGGAUUAAUACCUGAUUUUAUUGGGAGUUGGACAAACUUGACCUCUCUGAGAUUCCAGGGAAAUUCUUUCCAAGGUCCAAUUCCUUCAAGCUUAUCUAGUCUCACCAAACUCACAGACUUACGGAUUGGAGAUAUUAUAAAUGGGAGCUCUUCGUUGGCAUUUAUUAGUAAUUUGACAUCAUUAAACACCCUGAUCUUAAGGAAUAGCAAGAUAUCUGACAGUAUGCCGUCAAAUUUUGCGUCCUUCACAAGUUUACAAAAAUUGGACUUGAGCUUCAACAACAUAACAGGAAUACUUCCUCAGUCUCUCUUCAAUUUGAAUUCACUCAGCUUCUUAUUUCUCGGAAACAAUAGCUUAUCUGGAAGUUUGCCUGCUUCAAAGAGCAGAUCUCUUUCCAAUAUAGAUCUAUCAUAUAAUCAACUAUCAGGAAGCUUUCCACCAUGGGUUAGCGAACAAAAGCAACAACUGAACCUGGUCGCCAACAACUUUGUGAUUGAUAAUUCUAAUAGCAGCGGUUUAUCUUCAGGAUUAAAUUGUCUUCAGAGUAACAUACCGUGCAAUCGUGGUUCUCCAAUAUAUUCAUCUUUUGCAAUAAAUUGUGGCGGAAGUAGAGCUAUAACAGGUUCUGAUGGAACUGACUAUGAUAUUGACAAUGCUAAUCUCACGACUGCGUCAUAUUAUGUCAAGGAGUCGGACAGGUGGGCGGUCAGCAAUGCUGGAAGCUUUGCUGAAGCUCCUGGUGCUGAUUAUAUAAUCAAUGACUUAUCACAAUUCCAAAAUACUCUAGAUCCUGAACUGUUUCAGACAGCAAGGAUGUCUCCAUCAUCACUUAGAUACUAUGGCCUCGGUCUUCAGAAUGGAAACUACAGUGUUACAUUGCAGUUCGCUGAGACUGCCUUUCCUGAUUCUUCUACAUGGAAAAGUGUAGGGAGAAGGGUUUUCAAUAUAUAUAUUCAGGGAAAACUAGAAGAGAAGGAUUUUGAUAUAAGGAAGGCGGCUGGAGGAGUCUCUUUUAGAGCUAUUGAGAAGCAGUACAUAGCACCGGUCACAAACAACUUCCUUGAAAUACACUUCUUUUGGGCUGGAAAGGGUACUUGCUGUGUUCCUACUCAGGGCUAUUAUGGUCCAUCCAUUUCUGCGCUUACUGUGGCUCCCUAUGACUUCACUCCUACUGUCUCUAACAAACCGCCAAAUACCUCUUCAAAAAGUAAUAAUACGGGUCUUGUUGUGGGGAUCGUGGUUGCUAUUGGAUUUUUAGGCUUUCUUGCUGUAAUUGGAGUUUUUACAUGGAGACAGAGGAAAAGAAGACUUAGCCAGGAAGAUGCAGAAGAGUUGUCUGGAUUAUCCAUUCGACCAGACACCUUCAGUUAUUCUGAAUUAAAGACUGCUACGAAUGACUUCAAUCCUGCUAAUCUACUAGGAGAGGGAGGAUUCGGACCCGUGUAUAAGGGUAAACUCUCUGAUGGAAGGUUAGUGGCUGUGAAACAAUUAUCAGUGCAAUCUCACCAAGGGAAGCGACAGUUUGUGGCAGAGAUUGGGACAAUAUCAGCAGUGCAGCAUCGGAAUCUAGUGAAAUUAUAUGGCUGCUGCAUUGAGGGAGCUAAGAGACUUGUGGUUUAUGAGUAUCUAGAGAACAAAAGUCUAGAUCAGGCAAUUUUUGGAAAGAACAAUAUAUACCUGGAUUGGGCAACUCGUUUCGAAAUAUGUUUGGGUACUGCCAGAGGUCUAGCAUAUCUCCAUGAAGAAUCAAGGAUCCGGAUAGUACAUAGAGAUGUCAAGGCUAGCAACAUACUCCUCGAUGCUGAUUUAAACCCCAAAAUAUCAGAUUUUGGUCUGGCUAAGCUUUAUGAUGACAAUAAGACUCACAUUACCACCAGGGUUGCCGGUACAAUUGGUUAUCUGGCACCAGAAUACGCCAUGAGAGGUCAUCUCACAGAAAAAGCUGACGUAUUUGGCUUCGGGGUAGUUGUGCUAGAGGUUCUUAGUGGAAGACCUAAUGCAGAUACAACACUUGAUGAAGAAAAGAUUUACCUUCUUGAAUGGGCAUGGCGUCUACACGAGAACAGGCAUGACCUAGAGUUGGUGGACUCAAAACUAUCAUCAUAUAACGAGAAAGAGGCCACUCAACUCAUGGGAGUAGCGCUUCUUUGUACACAGGCAUCACCAAUGCUACGACCUCACAUGUCAAGGGUAGUGGCUAUGCUAACAGGAGAUAUUGAGGUGCCUGAAGUCACAACAAGGCCUGGUUACUUGACAGAAUGGCACUUGAAGGAUUUGAGUAGCAAUUUCGUGAGUAGUGACUUCUCAAAAGCCUCAACCUCAAAUUAUAGCCAUGAUAGUGGGACAUCAGACUCAAGUAUGGCAGUUUAUCGCAGAGGCACACUUUCACCAUCGCAACCACUGGUGAGCACGAGCAUCAGCAGUGAAGGAAGGUCUAUCUUCAUCGAUCACACAUUGUACACCAUCCCCACCUCGAUCAGUGAUGUAUGCGGGACCCCUAGAGCAACUGCUGGCCUCCUUGAGUUGCGUCGCAAAAAACCAUACACCCCAUCAAUUGCCAACUUCUUCACCAAGGGUGCAUCCUCCCUUGCCACCACAAUUGUAUUCCCCAUCAUAUAAGCCACCCCUGCCUCUCUCUCCUCCAUCAAUUCCUUUACUUCCUUGCAUUCUUCAUCCUCACACACAAAUCUCACCCUCCUCAUGCCCCCAA